CUCAAACUUGCGGCGGGAAGCGCGGGGGGCCCAGGCGAGCCGUCGCUAUGGAGACGCUGUUGUGGCAGGUGGAGCAGCUGCCCGGGCUCCUGGCCGUGUCCCGCUCGGGGCAGGUCCGGGACUGGGACCCGCCAACCCUGGAUAGAGCCCUGCAGUGGGGCCGCUACUUCCAGCACCUGCACGGCCGCUUCCGCGCCCAGCCCCGGCUCCGGGCCGCCCUGGGGCAGCGACUCCGCCGAGGGCAGCCGGGGCCGCCGCUAGGCUUCGGACACCUGGGGCGCUGCCCGGAGCUGCUGGGCCUAGCGCUGCUGGGCAACCGGGCGCUGCCGCCCGCCGCCUGCCACCGCCUCCUGCGGAGCUUGCUGCUGCCGCCCAGCGGCCAGGCUACCCCGGGGCCCUGCAGCCUCGGCCUCCUGGCCCGGCGCAGGGCCGCCGUCCAGCUGCUGCCGUCGCCCAGCCCAGCCCCGGCGCGCCCUGAGGAGCUGGAGCCGUCGCUGCGGACCGAGGCCCAGCUGCUGCUGUCCCGGCUGCAGGAAGACGAGGAGGAGGAGCAGGGACCGGCGAGUGUCCUGGAGCAUCUGCCCAGGCCUAGGGUCUACCAGGUGCUGGCGGUGCUGCUGCUGGAGCAGACCGGGGACAACGCUGGCAGACAGGGGGCCAGCUGGGCAGAGCACAGGGAGGGGCCCAGGCCGGCUGCGGCGGUGCUCUCCUGGCUACUCGGGGACCCAGACCGGCUCUCCGCUUUCUGCCGCCUCCUCCCGGGCUCCCUCCUCGUUGCCCUUUCUGCCCGAUACCCCCAGCUGGGCACCCCUUACUUGCAUCUCCUUACCAGCUGGGGCAGCCGCUUGCGCUACGAUCCCCUGCGCGGCCAGUGGGCCAGCAGCCGCUGCCCUAGUGAGGACGAGUUCUCCUGGGAAGAGCUGCGGGAGCGCUUCGGCUGCUUCAUGAGGGGACCUGACCCGCUCCGAGAGGCUGCCCUGGCUUCUCUGAAAAACCUGAAGAUCCAGGAUGGACACUUCGAAGUCUGCGGCCUGAGUGUCUGGACUGACCUGUUGCUGGAGAUGGAGGCACCUCUCUAAAGAUACUCCAGCGUUAGCCCGGAGGAGGAAAGGACUAGAACAUUAAAUAGGUUUCAUAUGAAAUUAAAUGGCCUGAAAUCCAAGAAACUGGAGUAACUUUCUUUUCUCCAUAACGAACAUCAAAGCCAACUGGAUUAUAUCUUGUUUGGAGUGAAAAGGCAACUUUGUGAUCAGAUUGCAUGCCAUAAAACUUAAAUACUCAGGAUGGGAUGCUUUAGGCCCAGUUCAACCCUUUAUAUUCAUCAACAGUGG